GCCUUUACGUCAUCACGCCGCGACGCGUCUCCAUGGCGGCGGCAAGCACCGGGCCGUACCGGCGGGAGCGCAGCCUGGCACUGCGCAGCAGCAGCUCCGCCCUGUACAACAACCUGGCCGUGCUGUGCCCGCCCGGCCGCGGCCCCGCCUUCGGCGCCGUGCACGGCUCCAGCCUCAGCCUGCUGGGCACCGAGGGGCACCCGCGGCAGCUGCAGGCGCGGGGAGGGGGCUCUGCCCUCAGCACCCCCCUGCUGACACAGGCUGCAUGGUGCGAGCUGCCAUCGCGGGUGCUGCUGGUGCUCACGUCCCAGCGUGGGGUGCAGAUGUACGACGCUGAUGGCUCCACCAUGGUGUUCUGGCACGCCCUGGAUGUCCCAGAGCUCCCAGCAGCACAUUCCGUGUUUGCCCGAGGCAUCGCCGCUGCCGGCGGCCGCUUCGUCUGCGUGGGGACAUCCUUUGGGGCCGUGCUGGUGUUUGACAUCCCCCCUAAAGGGACCAACGUGACGCUGAGCGAGGUCCUGGAGCAGCACCGGGAUCCCAUCACCGACAUGGCGGCCGAGCAGGGCCAGGCCCCGGACGGCGCGGGGGACCUGGUGACAGCCGAUGACUCGGGGACGCUGUGCCUGUGGAGCAGCGGGGAGGAGUUCGCGCUGCUGGGGAAGAUCCCGGGCUCCGGCUGCACGUGCUCCUCGGUGGCGCUGUGGAACGGGAUCGUGGCCGCGGGCUACGGGAACGGGCAGAUCCGGCUGUGGGAGGCGGGCUCGGGGCGGAUCCGCGCCCAGCUCAGCGCACACGCCCGCUGGAUCUACGCCAUCGACCUGGCACCGCUCACCGGCAAGCUGCUCUCGGGUGCAGAGGAUUCCUUUGUCCACGUCUGGAAGCUCAGCAGGGACCCGGACAGCGAUGACAUCGAGGUGCAGCACUGCCACGCCGAGUGUGUGACGGACACUCAGGUGUGCGGCGCCCGCUUCUGUGACCCUGCUGGGGACACCUUCGCUGUCACCGGCUACGACCUGAGCGAGAUCCUGUGCUACGGCCCCGCCUGAGCCGGGACAAUCCACCGGGAAUGCCGGGACAAUCCACCGUGGGUGAGGGCUGAGCACAGACCCCCCCCUGCAGCCCCGGCCGGGAUCCCCCC